AUGGCGUCGAUAAUCGACAUCGAGAGCGCAACCGACGACUUCAACAUCUCACCUCGCGAUGCUGUUAGAAGAGAAGCUCUCCGAUACUUCUCCAGUAACCCCGGCAUGGACACCGCAGCACCUAAUGUUGGACUGCACAACAGCGCAUGUACGUGCCUGUCAGCGCGUGAUAUAUCUGUUCAAGAUCUCGCAAGACUUUCCUUGGGACUGCUAGACCGUAACACUUCUAUCAAGUUGGCGCAAAAGUACAUCGAAGCCAUGGGAAUCUCCCCCAUCUGUGAUUACAGUGAGUUUGACUGCACUUUCUCGCCUAACAAGGAUCUUUGGAAGCUCGCAAUACAGACAGGAGCAAGUCAGAUAAUCCUGAAUGCUCGAAUAUUCCCUUCGGUCAACCUUGCAGGUAAUCGCCGGCACACCAAACCAAGGAGAUUCCUAGAGCAAAGUCUACUUGCGGCCGGCAUCCUUCCUGGUGACAAGUUCGAUAGAAAAAUGGGCCUCGCAAAAUCAGUGAUGGAGAAGGAGACCACGGUCUUCCGCGACGUUGAAGCGGCGAGGAAGCAAAUUCUCAUCGGAAAUUCUCAGGCUGAUACAAGAGGGCACCCGGAGUUGCUGCUAGCAAGCUGCGGCAUGGACCAAGAGCUCGGAUACGACAAACGUGAGAUAUGCGGCAAGCUUGUCUACUGGAGUGACAUCAACAAUGAUGCAUACACCGCUCUGAAGAUCAUCAAGAUUGCGCCUUUCGAGCUGUUUGAGAAGUUUGGUCCUUACGACUGGGAGAACUGUGUCGUCACUGGCGGACCGACAUGUCGACACGCCGCGGAGGAAUGUCUUUCUCUGAUCCGCAAGAUACUUCCUAACGAGACGGCCUUGCACAGAAAGACUACCAGAUACAUCGUGUGUCAUGUCUUGCGACUUGCCGGGACCAUCGACGCGAAGCUGGAGCUGACAAAAGGAGUAGCCGAGAAGAUUGCUUCUGCAAAAGACUCGAUGGAGAUCCAGCACAUCAAGAACAAAGAAUAUACCAUCUAG